AUGUCCACCUUCUUAGUUUUUGGCGCGACCGGAGGCACAGGCCGCCACUUCAUCAACCUCGCCCUGGAAGAAGGCCACCGCGUGAAGGCCAUUGUCCGCACACCCUCCAAACUCGCCUCCAUCCGAAACCCCAAUCUCCAGGUCAUUCAAGGCUCCAUCACCGACGACCCUCUCCCGCAUCUGGACGAGUGUGUGCGCGGAUCAGACUAUGUGGUUUCGAUGCUGGGUGAUGCUGGAAUGCAGAUGCGGAGCAAGAUUAACACGGCAUUUGUGAAGAAGCAACUCGUUCCCUCCAUGCGGAAGAACGGCGUCAAGAGGUUCUUGUAUCAGGCGGGUGGAUUGAGCAAGCCGUACAAGGAGUACUUCAGUCCUUACCUCUGGAUGUUGAGACAUACGGUGGGAAAUGCGUACGCUGGCCAACACGCAGACAACGAAGCCGUCAUGAAGUACCUCGCCGAAGACGCCAUGGACAUCGAAUGGAUCGUGCAUCGCGCUGGAAUCGGAUCAGAAGGCUCCCAGGGCACUUUGAGGAGAUCGCCAAAUUCCGAGAGCAAGUACAGUGUCGCCACUUUCCGCGAUUGUGCGGCGUACAACCUCAAGACUGUGCAGGAUAAGGCUGCCGUGCAUACUUCUUGUCACAGCUGCUAUAUUGAGUGA